AGACCAGGUUUCAACACACGCACAUUUGGUUGUAGACCUCAUUACUGCUCAGAUCAGUACGUGGAAACUACGCUUUGUCAUUGGGAGACGAAUCACACACAUUUUGUGGUAGACUUAUUUUCUGCUAGUGUUAAAACUCAGACUAGUACGUGGAAACUACGUUAAGUUACUGAGAGACGAUUCAAAGAUGAUCGAUCAGAAUCCAGCUACGGGCAGCAUGGAAACAACAGCCACACAGGACACAACUCAGACACAGGAGCCAUUUGGCACUGAUACUUUUCGACCACAGGUUGAAUCCUUUUUUCAAAGGAUGACACCAGAAAGAUGGCGAAUGCUGAGUUUUGGUACUCCUGAUGGGGCCACAAAGAUUAUGCUGGCAGACCUGCUUUUACACAUUAAAACAUCUGUGUGUAAAGAGUUGCUGGCCCAUCUUAGGAGACGUGCAGGUGUGACUUUGGACAGUCACACACUAGAUGCGUACAAUGUUACCGACGGACUUACUCAGACUUUCGCUGAGACUCUGGGUGUUUCAGAUCCAGUCCAGUCUGUCAGCUCGAAAGCGUUGUCAGACUUGGUGGACAAAGAGAUCUCAGAGUCCGUCAACUCUGCUCUCUCCUCUAGUGCAGACAGCAGGGAGCACAUCACUCCCCCCAGCAGACUUAACGCUAUGGUUGAACAUGCCAGCAGAAUAUUAAAGGCAUUCGCAGCCAAGAUUAAGUUUUCUUCCAGUCCUGUGUUAGGUGGACGGAAGAAGGAUGAAAAACUUAAAUCUGCGUCAGUCAGUCAGUCAUCACUUGAAACAGUGGAAUCAGACGGCCAAGAGAAUAUCUCAUCAGAGGACAGCUUUGUGAGAGCAACAUCUAAAGCUGCCAUGAGAAUAAUUAGGAAAGAGCUGGAUGACAUUGCAGAACCUGUUUUGGAUGACGUGUCGGCAUGUGAGACGCUGCAAUCCGAAAGCUCUCAGCAGAUUAUGGUUGUUGCAGAUGACUUCGCUGAGCUGAUUGUUGAAAAGACUGCAAGUUUGGAAGAGACAGGCUUUGCAAGUUCCAGUCCAAAACCCAAACAGCAGCAAAAACUGAAAAUAGUGUGCAGCAAGAUAAAAACCUUUCUUGCUAAGAGUCUUGCCAGGGCCGGCAUUUGUCGCAUCGCAGCAAACCUAAAGGCACAGUUCCUUCAGGACAUGGACGAUGACAGCAGUCAGUCGUUGCAGUCGCUCAUAGAUAGUAUUGACUCUUUAAUUGAGACAGACCAGUGUGAAAAUGAUGCGGAUGAGCAGGCUUCGAUUCCUUGGUUCGAAAAGAUCUCCAGUGGUGAAUCCCAGGAGGUCACGCGGGAACUGAGUGAUGUCCUCUACAGUCACCUCACAAAUGGAGACACCCCCGAGGUUUUCCAAGAAAUACAAACACCUGGGGCACAAACCUGGUCGAACAGAGAGGUUGCCAUUUCACGCUCUGUCAUGUAUGCUGACAUAGAGAUGCAAGUGAGGAAUUUUCUAGCCCUAAUGAGCUGGUGGCUGUAUACUCAGAGUGACAGCCACAGUCAAAGUGUGACACGGACUUUAAUGGACCAGGUGCCAAAGUCUCCCAAGACAGCCUCCAGAGUUGAGGACACACCAAAGGUGGUACAAAACAAAUUGUCUGUCCGACUGCUCGUUGAGAUGGUGGUUUGGGACACAUUCGUAAAAGUCCAUGUGAUUCCUGAAAAAAAAGAGGACAUCAUUCAGCGUUUAUUUAAAACCAUAUGGGCUAAGGUUGAAGGUGCAGAUUUAUACAUCAAAUCGUUAAAAAACCUCAGAAAGGCAAUUUUUAAAGAACUGUGUUUAAUUUCAGGCAGUGCAGAGACACUAUUGCUUGCAAUGAAUAUGGACGACCCAAGACUUGAUAGUUGCAUUGCACUGAUAUUUAAAGAUCACUUGACGACACCACCAAAACAACCUUGCGCCAUCAGCAGGUUCUUCUCCUCUGUGGGCGAAUUCAUCUCCAAAUCCUUCAGAGGUAGACGAAAGAUUGGUGUCCUGCCUACUGACAAUUUUCAACCUGUGUAAAACACGGGGUUAGGCAGAGAGAAAUUGUCCCCACCUUCAAAGAUCAUCUGACGACACCACCAAAACAACAUAACGUCAUCUGCAGGUUCUGUGGCCCGUUAACAGCCUGAGACCUGACGUGACAUGGGUUUACUCCGGGAUGCUCCGGUUUCUCCCACUUUCCUUGCAACCAUGAAGCUGAUGGGGGCUUUAAAGCCCUCAAAAGCUAAUUGGUAGCAGGAGGCUACCUUGAUGUCCAGGCUACUUCCUACUCCACUGGCCUCUGUCAAUGUAUAGAGCCCAGUGGAGCAGGAGGCGACCUAGAUGUCCAGGAUAGCUUAAAAAAAACAACUUCUUUUCCUACUUUCCAUAGGAAAUAGACAAUUGGAAACUAGCCCAUAAUGGCCUGAGACCUGAGCCUAUCUGAAUUUGGGUGUUUCUUCUGUAAUGACAUGGGGUUUACUCCGGGAUGCUCCGGUUUUUCCCACUUUCCUUGCAACCAUGAAGCUGAUGGGGGCUUUAAAGCCCUCAAAAGCUAAUUGGUUGCAGGAGGCUACCUUGAUGUCCAGAACUGCAUGGAGAGGUUGAACAACCCAGCAGCAGAGGUAAAGGAGGACCUGAAGAGACCACUGCUCCUGUACCACAACAGAUCAACACUCCUCUCCGCAGAUACACUGAACAUUACAGAACGCUAAAAUAUAUCACAUCGAAUCAUCAAAUAAAGCUUCAGGUCUCUGGCUCAGGGGCUCGGUCAGUGAUCCCUCCAUGCCUCCAGUCUUCACACCUGUGCAGGAUUAAAGGGAAUCAAAGACUGAGCUAUCAUCUCCCAGUUUGAUCUGAUCCAGUCAGUCGGCACAGAACAAGUCUCAAUAAAUUAAUAUCCUGUGAA